AUGAUACUCCGACUAUCCUCUCUUGCCCUCGGGCUCCUCCCGCUCGCCAGCGCACUCUCCGCCUCGGACAUACCCACGGACACUCCCGUGUCGCAGCUCAUCAAGGACGCCAGCGUCCAACUCGCUACCGGCAACACCCAGGACGCCCUUCUCUACUUCGACAUCGCCAUUACCCGCGACCCGCGCAACUACCUCACCUACUUCAGGCGCGGCGCCGCUUACCUGCAAAUCGGCCGAACGGCGCAGGCCCAACAUGACUUUGACAAGGUGCUGGAACUGAAGCCUGGCUUCGAGGGCGCAUUAGUGCAGAGGGCCAAGAUCAGAGCCAGGAAGGCCGACUGGGCGGCAGCGCGCAAAGACUACGAGGCUGCCGGCAAGACCGAUGCCAUCGCGGAGCUGGAAGAAGCGCAGGGCGCUGCCAUCAUGGCGCAGGAGGCGGCAGAGAAGCGCGACUGGGACGCGUGUAUCUCGAAUGCUGGAACUGCCAUCUUAGUCGCAGGAGGCGCAUACGACAUCCGCAAGACAAGAGCGAGGUGUCGCUUCGAGAAGGGCGAGGUCGCCGAGGGCAUCAGCGACCUGCAGCAUCUCCUCCAGAUCAACAAGGGCGAUAUCCAACCCCAUCUCCAGAGCUCCGCCAUGGCCUUUUACUCCCUGGGCGAAACCGACAAGGGGCUCAAGCACAUCGCGCAAUGUCUUCAGUCAGACCCAGACUCGAAGGUCUGCAUGAAGCUACGGAGGAGAGAAAAGAACCUCGACAAGGACAUUCAAAAGGUGCGCAAGUUCUUCGAGAAGCGCCAGUUCGCCACCGCCUCGAAACUCCUCAUCGACCGCGGCGAAGAGGACCCGGGCCUGUUGAAAGAGGUCAAGCAAGACUUCAAGGACUACACCGAUCAAGGCUACAUCUACGCCAACUCACCCCAAGGUCUCUAUCAGACCCUCGUAGAGAUGACCUGCGAAGCCUACGUCGAGAUGAACAACCUGAAGAAGGGCACACCGUACUGUACCGAAGCCCUACAGCUCAACCCCGACUCGUUACACGCCCUCCUUCACAAGGCUCAAUUCCAGCUUGACGCCGACGAAUUCGAAGACUGCGUCCGAACCCUAGAGCACGCGAAAGAGCACCACCAGAACCAGAAGCUCGACGAGUUACACCACAAAGCGCAGACACUGCUCAAGCGCUCGAAGACAAAGGAUUACUACAAGGUGCUCGGCGUGACGCGCGAUGCAGACGAACGCGAGAUCAAGAAGGCAUACCGCAAGCUGACCAAGAUGUACCACCCCGACAAGGCCUCGGCCAACAACAUGACACCCGAGGAUGCGCAGAAGAAGAUGUCCCAAGUCAACGAAGCCUACGAAGUCCUCUCCGACCCCGAGCUCAAGGAACGAUUCGACCGCGGUGACGACCCCAACAGCAACGAGCAGCAACAAGGCAAUCCCUUCCAGGGUUCACCCUUCGGAGGCCAACAAUUCAUGUUCAGACAAGGUGGAGGUGGUGGCUUCCCUGGUGGCGGCGGUAGCUUCAAGUUCCAGCAGGGCGGCGGCGGUUUCCCAGGUGGUUUCCCAGGUGGAUUUGGCUUCUAG